GUAAGCGCGCGUCUGCUUUAAAAUCAGUUCAGUGUUUCAAAUGGGAUUUAUCAGCAUUUUGCUUUUCGCUGCGUGUUUAAGCAGCGUAAAGGGGUAUACUUUGAAUAUCUGGACAGGAGGAUCUCCGAAAAAACAACAAUGAUAAAAGAUGCAGGCAAGAUUUCUUGUGAACCUUAUAUCUUAGUUUAUUUUGCUUAACAACUUUAAAAUUAGGUCUUUUUUAUUUAUACUUUAAGUGAUUGUUGAGCUUGAAUGCAUUUAUUUAUGUACAUUUCUUCCAAAUGAAAAGUCUAUAUGAAAGAAAAGUAUAUCCAGGUAACCUAUGUAUCUGUGUUAACUUAAAGCACAUCCUGUCGAGGUCAUGGUCAAGGUUACCGCAGAUGACCUGGUCAAAGACAUCGACGCCAGUCCAAAGUUCAGAGAAAGACUGAAAUUAAUCAAAUUGGUCUGCAACGGACCAAAUGGGAUUCAGACCCGGGAUAUAGCUCUAAGUUUCACAUCCGGUUAUCUGAUCGUACAGACGGAUAAACCUCUGUACAAUCCUGCUCAGCCAGUAUAUGUUCGAGUUCUCGCAAUGGACGAAUCUAUGAGGCCAAUCAAGGACAAGCAAUUGGCAAUAAAAUUGAUAAGCCUCACAAAUAUGACUGUAGGCAGGGUCAACUUUGAACCCGGGAAAAGUCAAAAUGGCUUCUACAAUGGAGAGUUUGAGCUACCAGCGUUUCCGGAUUUUGGGACAUGGACGAUCAAAGCUAAACUUGGAGGAAAGAUACGUUUACGGCAAGACAGUCGAAGGGCUUGCAGGACUCGAAAUCAACAUCCGGAAGAAGGGGGAUGUGUCGGAUCCAAAACGUGUUGUUACCAUGGGGAGACAGAAGCUUCGUAAUGGCAAGGCAUUCUUCACGGUCGAUGUAAAGAAACUAGAACAAGGUUUAGGGGGACAGUUUUCUUCGGAUGCCGUGUUAUAAUUGUCGUCAACUGUUUAUGAGUCGGCAACAGGAAAGGAAGAGACGGGAGCAGAUGACUCCAUAAUGUUUGUUAACUGUCCUUUCAAGUUUUAAUUCUCGCGUUCAAAGACUAC